AUGUUCCAGGUGUCCAGCCACCCACUCGCCCUCCUCUUCCUCCUCCUCUUCAAGUCAUUUGCCCUGGCCCUCUACCUCCUAGGCAACUUCUUCACGGACAAUUUCAUACUCAUAUUCGUCCUCUGCGUGCUCACACUAUCGGUGGACUUUUGGACAGUGAAGAACAUCUCCGGCCGGCUGCUUGUCGGCCUGCGGUGGUGGAAUGAGGUGAAUGAGGAUGGAACGAACCAGUGGAUUUUUGAGAGCCGCGAGCAGGGUGUCGGGGUCAAUGCUAGUGAUUCGAGGAUAUUCUGGGCCAUUCUGUAUGGUACUCCGGUGGUUUGGGGGCUUUUGGCGAUUGUGGCGUUCUUUAGCUUGCGGUUCCAGUGGUUGCUCAUUGUUAUCAUUGCGGUUCUGUUGGCUACCGCUAAUCUUAUUGGGUACCAGAGGUGCGAUAAGGAUCAAAAGCAGAGGUGGAACCAGGGGACGGCUGCCGCUGGAUCCAUGAUGGGAAGCAUGAUGUCUGGCUUCAUGUCUAAUGCCAUCGCCUCGGGUGUUGUUGGCCGUUUCUUUAGCCGUGGAUAA